AUGGCAGCGGAUACUGAAGAGCUGGCCAAAGGUUAUACAGUCAACAACGUCACUCAAAAGAACACGGGCUUAUUCCUCCUCGACCGCCUUAUCAUCAAGCCGGGAAUGCACAUACUGGACGUCGGAUGCGGACCCGGAAACAUAACAGCGCACAUUGCAAAAUUAGUCGGGCCAACCGGCAGCGUGGCCGGUAUCGACCCCAGCAAAGAACGCAUCGCUUUGGCUCAGGAACUGAUCGCCACGGCGCCGAAUCUAUCGUUCAGCAUGGGGUUUGCCGAAGAUUUAUCGCGGUUCGCAAAUGCCAGCUUCGACAUCGUUUACGUGAAUUCCACCUUCCAUUGGAUUGCGGAUCAGGCCGCGGCGAUGCGUGAAUUUAACCGCGUUCUCAAACCCGGUGGCCGAUUGGGGAUAUCUGGCGGCUCGGGGGAUUCGGGUUCGCUACACCGAAACAUCAAAGUCGAUGUUUUAUCCCGGGAGCCGUUUUGUCAAUAUCCCGAUACGGAUGAAGAACCCAGAUUUUUGAAACGUGUCGAGAUGGAAAAGCUGCUUGGCGAUGCGAAUUUUAUUGACUAUAAUAUGACCGGCAAUACAAUCAUCAAAAGAGCUAAAGAUGGGAACGAUAUAUUAACAUGGCUCGAUACCAGUUCGUCGGGCAAAUUGUACGGCGGAAUUCCACCAGAGCUGAAGGAGCAAGCAAAAGACGCUAUGAGACUGGAAUGGGAUAAAUUGAAAACGGAGGAUGGGAUUAAACUGGAAAUUGACCUGCUUGUCACAGUUGCUACUAAAACUUGA